GUCUAGACCACUGCCAAAGUGAGCAAGUAGUACACAUAGCCUUCUGAAGCAUCAGUUUCACUCUCUUGAAAACUCAAACAAAUAAAGUGAAAAAGGGGAGAGAUAAUUUCUCUUCAAGGAAACUUGAGAUUCCUCUAAUACACCAUUGCUCUUGCAUUUUAUACCACCCAUUGUUCCAACUCAUGUGCUUCACAUCACAUUCUUGGUAUUUUAAGAGAGAGGAGCUUGUAGAGAGAGAUAGAGAGUAGGAAGUACAUUUUUGGUUUCAAAGUAGUUUGGUUUAGUUUCUGAAGGUGAAGAGGGCGUUGAAAUUCUGAGCCUUUUAUUUAUUUAUUUAGUUUUCGUUUGAAGGAGAAGAUCAGUGAGUAAAAUCCACCAUGAGAAAGAACACUUGGGUUUUGCAGUGCUGCCUGUUGUUCAUAGGAUGCUAUCUUGCUUUGACAAUGGGAGUUGGUGUGGAAGAGAAAGUAGAUGGUGCAAUGCCAGUGACCACAUUGUCACCACCAGAAGGGAACACAACAUUCCUUGAUGGCACAACAUGGUGUGUGGCUCUUGCUGGUGUCUCCCAAGAUGAUCUGCAGAAUGCAUUAGAUUGGGCCUGUGGGCUUGGAAUGGCAGACUGCAAGGCCAUCCAAGAAGGCGGGCCCUGUUACGAUCCAGACACUCUCUUAUCUCAUGCUUCCUUCGCUUUCAAUAGUUACUAUCAACAGAAUGGGAAUUCUGAUAUUGCUUGCAAUUUUGGGGGCACUGCUGCUGUCACUAAACAUAACCCAAGUUAUGGAAAAUGUGUCUAUGCUGCUCCUGGAUCUGUAGGCUCUGCAGCACCUCCAUUGUUGAGCUUUAUUUGGUGGUGGAAACUUGCUCUCCUUUGUUUACUGCUUUUGUAUCUAAGGAGCUGAUCAUUGCUCAUGAUCAUUAGUUAAACUGAUUAAACUGCCCAAAAAGUCGAAUUCGACUGUCUUGUACAAGACUAUUUUAAUGUCAUGGAAAGGAAAAGGCAGGAGAUCAGAACACGAUUAGCCUAUGAUCAUGUAAUUGUAAUAUGCUUAUUCCUGUCUUUGCUUCUGGUUUAGGAAUCUAUAGCUAAUUAAGCAAACCCCGCCCCUCUUAUCUUU